AAACCACGACGCCAUAGAGGAAAAGAUUCCACUGGUCACAGCUAGCCCCCCCUCAGCCACAGACACUAUGCCAGCUUCUUUUCUCCUCCCGUUCCAGAGAAGUGGAGAAUCCAGUGCCUUCUUUCGUUUUGGCAUCAUGCCCUCACUGAGUGAAACUCCCUCCACAAGGAACAGGAAACAUACACAACAGAAGCGAUCUCAGAGUUUACCUGAUAUCAUGUCACAGAAAAGCUUUGACAGGUUCACGCCUGAGAUCUCUGAUGAUGGAAACAGUGAAAUCUACAGGUUCCAGUGCACCAGCCCAGGCCUGUACCAGUGCAGUGUGACAGGCCUGGUGUUUAACAUGGAGGGAGAAGGGGAUGUGACUUACAGGAUCGUCCACUGGGACCGGAGGCUGCUCGCCCAGCAUCACAAGAAGCCUGCAGGACCGCUGUUUGACAUCAAAUGCCGGCAGCAGUCUGUCUGCCAGCUUCAUCUCCCACAUUGUGAGAUCAGAUCUACAGGUGCAUGUCAGUUCUUGUCAGUGGCUCAUGUGACCGACGAGGGCACCGAGUUCAUCUUUCCACAUGAGAUAACAGAAACUCAUGUUGUUAUCAACAUCACUGGAUUUUCCCGUUUUGGUGUUGCCAGGGAUAAAAACUCACCACCUUACCCGAUUAAGGCAGCUGUGUUUCUGUUCUACACUCCUCCAGUUGAUUCUAUAUCCCUCCUUAAUGUGUUGUUACUGCCAGGAAACGUUGUGCUCAGGAACGUGCAGAACCAACGGGAGAAAAGAAAUGCAUGUGAGAGAUACAUAGAGGUGCCCCCACAGUGUCGGCUCUACCCAAAGCAGAAGUACGUGCUGUCAGCCUCUCACAAAGAUACAUCAAUUCGAAUACAACCAAAGAAGGCAGAAUUCGACUGUGAAAACUACCAUAAUUUCUUGACCACAUUCCAAGUCAUUCUGAAAGACAAGAUGGAAAGUAUUAAGCUGCUUCUGAGAGAUCGUGACAGUUCCCACUGUGUAUGGAGAAAUCGAGUUUAUCUUUCAUCAGCUGCUGUCAGGAGACCCCAGGUUCAGGGAGGUCAGCAUCUCACCUCUGUUGAGAUUUUGCGCUCUGUAUGGGAGCCCUUCAUCAACAGGGUAUCAGGACCUAUGCUCAAAAGUCUGUUGGACAGGCUUCAUCACAACGGGGUGAUAAGUAAGUCCGAGAGGGAGGCAGCAGAUGUGAAGCAAAACAAAACAGAAAUGGCCAGUUUUGGUAUCAGCAUGGUGAUGGACAAAGGGGAGCGUGCUAGUUUAGAGAUGAUCACAUUUCUCUGUGAGGAAGACAAGUACCUCUCUGAAACCCUUGGGUUGAUGUGAAAACACAACUAACCAAAGGAAGAACUGCGUUACUCAUUGGCAUCAGAAACAAUCUGUCACCAUUUAAACUCAAUGGCCGCCCAAAACUUCUCUUGUGC